CCGUGCGUCAUUGCCUAUCAAUGUCCGCCUUGAGGUGGCUACCACGCCCGCUACAUACUCGAACAUUCCGGAUUUCGGACGACCUGAUCAAGGCACUGGAGUGCAAUCCUUCUCAUGCUGGGCCUCGGCCCGCGUGCGACUUCGGAUCAGCGGUAUAGGUGCUCAACACAUUGUCGCCCGCCGCGCCCGUCGACUUCGAUCACUAGAGUCUAGCGCCACUCCUGCCUCCGAGUCCAAGUAUAUAACGCUACCGGAUGCCGUCGUUAGGUCCUUCUUGCCCUUCCCGGUCCGCAUCCUUGAUACGCGUUCGAGACACCCUCGGUGGGCUCGCCUUCACCAUUGCAUGGUUCUAGGAUUCGCCUCUCUAUCCACGUUACUAGGGCUUGCAGCUUCUGCCGCCUCUGCUCCGUCUUUGACUUUUCAGCAAGGGCUGGACGAUGACGUACUGACGAACGUGCGGGAUCGGCUGCUUGAGGCCGCAAGUCAAAGUUGGGAACUGGGGACAGCUGCGGAGGCCCUGACUGAAGUCUACUGGCCAACUUUAGCUGUCUUUCAACCAACUGCAUUCCCCCCGAGCUUAAACGGGUCGUACAAUGCAUCUUCUGUUCUCGCUAUAGCAGACACCGUCGUCGCCGAAAAACCGUCAGAGUCGCUCAUGCUCAUAGAAGAGGGUGCAGUAGGCGAUCCCGCAAGUAUCGGGAACGCGGUCCUACUUGCCAACUGGACUCGGCAAGACCUCUCUAACGCAAACUUCUCUAUUGCAGCAGGCGAGGAAUUGGACUACCUCCUCAAUCAAGCUCCACGAACCGAUGAUGGCGCGAUAUCGCACCGCAACGACCAAGUCCAGUUAUGGGCGGACUUCAUUUACAUGGCUCCUCCCUUCAUCGCCUAUUUCGGGGCCCUUCAGGGAGGCGACGGAGGCAAAGCGACCCUUCAGGUCGCCUAUGACCAAAUUCGUCUCUACCGCAACUACUUGCGAGACGACAACGGCCUAUGGAGGCAUGUCACCCUUGGCACUUGGCAAGAUAACACGCACUGGGGAACGGGAAAUGGCUGGGUUGCUGCAGGAAUGCUCCGCGUGAUGGAGACCAUGGCCAACUCUGAGUUCGCAUCGGACUUCGAGGAACAAUGUGCCGAUCUUUCUACGUGGAUCCAAGAAAUCGUUAACGCAGCUUGGACCUACCAGAAACCCAACGGAACCCUCUAUAACGUCCUGGACGACGACACCUCCUUCGCCGACAGCUCCUCCACCGCCCUCCUUGCCUCCGUCACCUACCGCAUGGCCACGCUCACCAACGACCUAACCUACAUCCCCAAUGCCAACCUCGCGCUACAGCUCAUCGAAUCUAGCCUCGAUUCCGAUGGCUGGUUGCUGAACACCGUCGAUCCGUACACGUUUUCGAGACCGACCGCAUCUGGAAGCCACAGCCCCGAGGGGCAGGCGUUUGUACUUUUGCUUCACGCCGGCUGGCGAGACUAUAUUGCCUGGCUGGUGCUGCAGGUCAUCGCAGGAAACAUGACCAUAUGAUAUGGACUUCUGUAUUCUUUCGUUGUUUGAUAAUGGGCUUUUUGGAGAUUACGUUUGUAGACGAUCGCACGACUAGAAAUCACCAAUGUAUCAGAAU